UCACUGGUCUGGGAACUUCCAUAUGCCAUGGGGCAGCCAAAAAGAAAAAAAGGGGAAAAAAGGAAACAAAGAAAGAAAGUGGCUAAAGGAAUAAGUGAGAGCCUUCUCUUUGAUCCCAUGCUUUCCCAGCAUGUGCUCAACCUGCAGGUGGCUGCCAGACUGGCCCUAUGACAUGGCUCAGGAGAACCAGGGCUUGUGGCCUCCUGACCAAGUCCACCCUGAGAAGAGUCAUUUAAGGCUCUGAAAGUCCUUUGAACCUGGCAAAUGGAGAUCAUUAGCCUUUGGACUGUGAGCUGGGUCCCAGAAUCACUGAGUGUUUGCGAGUGGAGGUGGCUUUGGUUUGGUGCUUCUGAAAGGAAGUGGGUGUUGUCUUUUGUGGUCAAGGCAAGAGGGCUGAAUUUCAUUGACACGUCCAUGCCGGCCUCAAAUCUCCUAUGUGCCCUUUAUUUCUCUCUUGUUUUCUACGGGAGAAAGACCCACUACCAGCUGUUCUUUCUGUUGUGGCGCGGUUUGAAAGAAGAAUUUUCCCGACUCAUAGCGAAGUGAAGAGCAAGAAGAGUUUGUCGAGAUAAGAAUCACUGCUAGCACAGCAGGAUGACCUCCUGAUAAUCAGGGAGAGCCGACAAUGAGUGCAUGGUCAUGUCCGAUUUUAUAGCCCAGGCAGAGAGGAGGGGUCCUAGGAUACACCUGCUGACCUGCUGAUUUGUUCGGGAAAGAGGGGUCUUAGGAUACAUGUGCUGGUUGUUUGGGGGCAUAUAAGGCCUCUAUAGGGGUGGGGUGAGGAAUGGGCCACCUACAUUUCCUUGUAGGGGGCAGGAAGGAGUAGGUAGGCCAGGUUGCUCAAGGUGGAGGAGGGGCCAUUACAGGGAGAUGGGUGGGAUGAUGAUAAGGGUCAGGUAAUUCUUGUCGGGAGGCUUUGAGUUCUAUCUCCUUGAGGUCCCAUACUUUCUUUUUUAUGAGUCCCACCCCACCCCCACCCCCACUCAUGGAGUAUAACAGACCUAAUUAGAGGGCACUUACCAAAUGCUUACACCUGCAUGGAUUUGCAUGAACAGAACUUCCCUGUGCAGCCAGCCCCAUGGUCAAGUGUGAACAGCAUCCCAGAGACCCCCAGUUCCUUUCUGCUCACUGAUCACCCCCAGUCCACGGUCAGGGGAGAUCUCCAUCCUGACCUUCACCACCUCUGCAGGUUCCAUCUGUUCUUUGUACUUUAUAUAAAUGAACAAUGUCCAGUGUCCUCCUUUGUGUCUGGUUUCUUGUGCUCAAUACUGUGUUUGUGAGGUUCUUCCCUGGUGUUGCUGGCAGCUUUAGUUUGGCCUUCCAGCUGGUGCACUGAGCAUUCCAAUUGUGGUGCAUGCCUUUGAUCAGCACUGGAGCAUGUUUCUGUGGGGCACAUACCUAGGAGUAGAAAUGCUGGUCUUUGGGAAUGAGAGGACUCAACUUCAGCAGAUGUGGCCCAUUUUCCAUGCAAUUAUACCACAUGCAGUUCCCCCCAGCAGCAGAUGAGUCUCCUGAAAGGUGAAAUAAGAGCUUGGAGAAACAUACAGUCAGACUGACUGUCCUUUGCCCCUUGCCUCCAAAGGAAAGACCUUGGGGUAACUGCUGGCCAUUCUGCAGGUUUGUGUUGAAUGGAUAAACUGGGAAUGAGUGGAGAGAAAGUCCCUAUGAUGACCCAGAAAGAUGCCCAUCCCUACUGGGAGCCUGCACCCUAUGGUCACGUUUCACUGGAAGCCAGUCUUUGUGCCUGAACUUGGCAGUGGGGAUUUGUUGGUAUCUGGGAAGAGUCCAGAAUCGAGCAUUUAGUCGCCACCCUUUUGGGUGUCUGCCUGCCUUGAAGUAGAGCCUCUAGGCUAAUCCUUAUGAUGAAAGUGGCCAACCUGGGGUUCCUCUCUCCUGGAGGGGGUGGGGGCUGCCUCCUCUUAGAAAGAUUUUACUUGCAAAUCAAUCCAGUCCCUGAACCAACUGGUUCUGCACACUCCCUUCUUUUGUGUAGCUUGACAAGCCUGACUUUUCCACCCCAUGUUCAAGGUGGGGAGAAAGCCUUUCCUGCCUGCAAGGCUGAUGCUUAGAGUGACUGGGGGUCCAAAGCAGGGAGAAGAGGCAACUGACACUUCCUGAACAUCCCUGUGUGUUGACGACAGUUAUGAGUGCAGGUAAUCUGACGUCUUGAGGGUUUUGUUCCCCAUGAAGAGGAAACAUUUCAAAGGAGCACAGGAGGUAAAAGACGGAAUCUUCACGGGCUCCGCGUGGAUGGCAGGCCAACCCCUCCCCCACUGAGGCCAUGACGUCUCCUAAUCCCUUGGGGCUUUGCAUGCGCUCCAGCAAGAACUCUUCCACGUCGUUCUGUGCCAUGGGAAAGACCUGAAGGACAGGAAGACUUGCUCCCGAUCUUGUGGCUUUUGCAGAACAUGCCAGUUAGAGAUCAUUCAUGGUGUCUCGCGGAGCCAGACCAAAGAACGUGCUUCCUCAUUCUCUGGUGUUUUGGCCUGUGCUCGUUUUUACAUUUAUUUGUGCUGCUUGUGCCGUUCGACCGCCUUACAUGAUCAGGAGACGUCCUUCAAGUUCCAGCACCACGUGCGGGCCUCCGACUCCUCGGGGCUCGUCCAUGGCUCUGGGGGCCGGCAGUUCAAGGGCAUUACCAUGAGGCACUGCAUUAACUGCUGCAUACAGUUGUCGCCUGACGACACGCACGCGCAGCAGGUGAACUGCCGAGGAGGCCCCCAUCACAGUCGCCAGGAGUGCCCCGCGUGCAAAGGAGAAAACACAAUUGUGUUUCGAGUGGACGGAAAGCAGAUGAACUUGCUUGCGGUUCUCGAAGUGAGGGCCGAAGGGAACGAGAGCUGGGGUGGGUUUCUGCGCUUCAAGAAGGGGAAGCGAUGCAGCCUUGUUUUUGGAUUGGUAAUAAUGACAUUGGUGCUGGCUUCUUACAUCCUUUCUGGGGUCCACCAAGAGCUGAUCUCAUCGCCUUUCCAUUACGGAGCCUUCCCCAGCAAUCCCGGCUCGACGGAUGGCGAAAAUCUGAGUGAUACUAAAGAGCCUCAUCACCCACCCUCUGUCAAUAAUAUUUCAUAUGUGAAGGACUAUCCAAGCAUUAAAUUAAUUAUCAACAGCAUCACCGCCAGGAUUGAGUUCACGACCAGGCAGCUCCCAGACAGAGAAGAUCUCAAGAAGCAGGAAUUGCACAUGUUCUCAGUCAUCCCCGGUAAAUUUCUGCCCAAUUGUAAGAGCCCCUGCUGGUACGAGGCGUUCGCGGGGAGGAACACCACCGACCCCUACCGGACCAACUCCUACGCGCUCUACUCCAAGCGCUUCCGCUCCACCUUCGACACCCUGCGCAAGGCCUUCUGGGGCCACCUGUCCCACGCGCACGGCAAGCACUUCCGCCUGCGCUGCCUGCCGCACUUCUACAUCAUCGGGCAGCCCAAGUGCGGCACCACCGACCUCUACGACCGCCUGCGGCUGCACCCGGAAGUGAAGUUCUCCGCCAUCAAAGAGCCGCACUGGUGGACCCGGAAGCGCUUCGGAAUCGUCCGGCUGAGAGAUGGGCUGCGGGACCGCUAUCCCGUGGAGGAUUAUCUGGAUCUCUUCGACCUGGCCGCGCACCAGAUUCAUCAAGCCCUGCAGGCCAGCUCUGCGAAGGAACAGAGCAAGAUGAAUCGAAUCCUUAUCGGGGAGGCCAGCGCCUCCACCAUGUGGGAUAACAACGCCUGGACGCUCUUCUACGACAACAGCUCGGAUGGCGAGCCCCCGUUUCUGACCCAGGACUUCAUCCACGCCUUUCAGCCCGACGCAAAGCUGAUUGUCAUGCUCAGGGACCCCGUGGAGAGGUUGUACUCAGACUAUCUCUACUUUGCAAGUUCAAAUAAAUCGGCAGAUGACUUCCAUGAAAAAGUGACAGAGGCGCUGCAGCUGUUUGAAAAUUGCAUGCUGGAUUAUUCAUUGCGCGCCUGCGUCUACAACAACACCCUCAACAAUGCGAUGCCUGUGAGGCUGCAGGUCGGGCUGUACGCUGUGUAUCUCCUGGACUGGCUCACCGUCUUCGAUAAAGAACAGUUCCUCAUUCUGCGCCUGGAAGACCACGCCUCCAACGUCAAGUUCACCAUGCACAGGGUCUUCCAGUUCCUCAGCCUCGGGCCCUUAACUGAGAAGCAAGAGGCCUUGCUGACCAAGAGCCCAGCGUCCAACGCGCGGCGUCCUGAGGACCGGAACCUGGGGCCCAUGUGGCCGGUCACCCAGAGGAUCCUGCAGGACUUCUACGGGCCUUUCAACGCCCGGCUGGCGCAGGUGCUCGCUGACGAGGCCUUCUUGUGGAAGAAGACCUGAGGGCCCAGUGCCUGCUGCCAGCGCGGGGCCAGCCUUUCCACUGUUCCCAUGGGUAUAAAGUCACUCUUGGUGAGAGGAACCCUUUUGCUCUGAGCCAACCUCUCUGCUCUGGAGAAAACCUCUCCGCAGGCACCUGCUGGGGGAAACCGGUUCAGAAUUUCCUUCGUGAUAUUAAAGAGCCCAGCAGUGGUCCCUUCACCAGACUCCAAUGGAGGCUUCUGGAAAUGCCACGUGGGAAGGGCCUCCUUCUGCUCCGAGUGGCUGGGCUCCGGACGAGGCCGGCAGGCGCUGGCCCGGGGGCCGCGGGAAGCGCAGAUUCUGGGCCUGGACAGUCCUGGGGUCCCUGGAGGUCCCCCUGGGGGCUGCCAGAACCUCUUCAUACGUGGUUUGGAAACCCACGGUUUAAUCACUAACCUCCUCUGGGUGCAAAAUAGAGGCUCUUUUCCUGUUUCUCCCUUUGCCCCUGACGUCAGCUCUUCUGUCUCUUCAGAGAUAAACCGGAUUAACUCGACUCUACAUGAGAAAGAAACACAAGCCAGUUUUGGUAGCACAGCUCUGCCGCGGGGACCUCCUCCUCCUCUGUCCUGGUGGACCUAACUCCUGUUUAGCAGAAAAUGAACACGUUUAAAACCGCUUGGUGCGUUUCACUAGCUGGAGCUCUCUUUUCUGCCCCUUUAGAUGUUUUCUCAAAAGAGUUGUUCCAGUUUCUCUUUGGAUAGAAAUGCCGUUUAAAAUCAGAAGGGAAGGAGUUCUCUCGUAGCUCAGCGGGUUGAGGAUCUGGCGUAGUCACUGCAGUGGCUCGGGCCUCUACUGUGGCGCGGGUUUUGAUCCAUGACUAGGCAACUUCCACAUGCCUCGGGUGAGGCAAAAAAAAAAAAUCAGAAGGGACGUUUUUGCUCUUAAUGCCAGGCUGAGCAUCCUGGGGGUGGAGGGACCGUCUCGGCACUCGGGCCCUUGCCGUGCACCCAAGGUCCUCGGGCCACUCUGGGCUUUGGAGGUUUUAGCUCUGGAUGCAGCAGGCCCUUCCUCCGAAUGAGCCUCUUACCCGUGUUCUCCACCACGUGUGGCCAGAAGUCUUUCUCAGUUCACGAACCUCCAGAGAGUCUCCUUUCCCGGCCAGAAACGCAGCGCCUGAGCUCUGUUUGGGCCGGACAUGGUGUGUGGGGAUUCGCAGCAAGAAUGCCAGGAGCUGUGUCCUCACCAGAACUUUCUGGGCCACGUGGCAGCUUGGUUUACCGAUGGAUGGGCCGCAGGUCUAGCUGGUUCUCAGAGGUGGCAGGAAAGAUCGAACCCAGUCGUGUGCGCAGCGCCGGGCUGGACCCCAACCAGGCCCUGCCCGUGACCGUUGAGGGACGCUUCCCGCGAAUCCGAGCCCUCAAAUCAGGGUCCCGGACACACGGCCGUGGGAAAGGGCAAUCGGCCCUGCGGCCAGCCGCCCCUCCGGGCGUGAGGAUUGGCUCGGCUGCCCAGGCCUGGCGCCGGCGGAGGUGGGACGCCGAGCUCCUCUGCAGGUGUGCGGAGGCCUUCACGGGCUCGGCCGGGCUGCUUCUGCUGCCGAGAGAGCCGUGGUCCUGACCUGCUUUCAGGGACAGCCCGCCCUUCCCCUCCCCGUGGCACUGGGAGCAGCAGGCCGACCCGGGCGGAGCCAAGGUGCCUCCGGGCGACGUCACCUGCGAGUGGGUGUGUUUGCAGUCCAGGUGUGCGCAUGCGUGCGCGGAUGGGUGGGCGUGUUCCCGAGGGGGCGUCCUUCCGUUCCGCCGCGGGGCCUCGGCUCUGGACACAGUCCCCUCGCGUGGGUUGACGCCGCUGCCGCUCAGCUGUCCCCUUCAGCCCAUCGGCCCUGCCUGUCGUUCCCGCAAGGACUUUUCUUCCUCCUGUGCAUGUGAACAACAUGUAGCACAAUUCUGCUUCUUACAGAAGUAUCACUGAAAGUCUGAUUUCCAAUAUUAUUUGGUUUAUUGUACUGAUCUUUUUAUAGACACAGGCCCAUCCCUCCGUGCCGAUCAGCACGUGCAGCCCCUUCUCUCCCGGGCCCUUUCUUCAAAGGGCUGUCUGUCUGUCUGGCACCUUGAAUUUCCUCUGACCGCCCCCCCCCCCGCCCCCGUCUCUCCCCCCGCUGCCAUUCAAGGCCCUCUCUAGUUGACAGCACAGCUGUCCUUUCAAGCGAGGCGUUGAGCUUGUUGUCCCCAAACCAAAGUGAGACGGAGCGUUUCCAUGACCCGGGUGUGGCAGUCACGUUGUGUCCCCAAAGCUGUGUAUCCGAUUGUAUUAAACUGUAUUCCCUUAGUGGUGUAAGGUA